UUCCAUUUGUCGCUCCUUAUUUAUCUACCGACUCGCACCUUCUCUCUCCGAUGUGCUCUUCAUCUGCAAGGAAAAGUUUGGAGCUUUUUCCCUAGUCUCACACUCAGCCGCGCAUCAUCCUCAUGGGAAUCGAAGAAAUUGCGGGAUGCAUUCCAUGUUCUUCCUCUUCGGUUCAUCGGUGGAAGUAUGACGUGUUCGUGAGCUUCAAAGGCGAGGACAUAAGGAAGACCUUCGCGGCCCACCUCUUCCGCGCGCUGAAGCAGGCGGGGUUCUCCUACUUCGAGGACAAGGACAAAGUGGAGGCCGGGAUUUUCCAUGAGCCCAAUCUGGUCGACACGAUCUGCCAUUCCCGGGUCUCUCUCGUCGUGUUCACCGCCGACUACGCGGACUCGCGGCUGGGCUUAGACGAGCUGGUGGAGAUCCUGGAGUGCAACAGGAGGUUCAGAGAUCAUCAGGGUCACGUGGUUCUGCCUAUUUUCUACGAUGUCGAACCAAGCGACGUUCGGAAACAGAGCGGGGGAUUUGGGGAUGGUUUUGGAAGGUGUUUGGCCACCCAGGCGGACGAUUUGGAGGUGCAGAAGUGGAGGGAUUCGCUUAAAGAAGCUGGGAAUUUGUCGGGAUGGCAUUUGUCUCGCGAUGCUAACGGGGAUCAAACAGACUUCAUCGAGCAAAUUGUAGGACAUCUCUUCAAGAUUAUACCCAGAACAAGCUCCCCCUGUGCUAUUGGAGUAGAUUCCUUUGUAGACGAUGUGAUAUCAUUGCUGCAAAUUGGGUCAGAGGAUGAUGUCCGUGUCGUUGGAAUAUGGGGAAUGGAAGGAAUUGGCAAGACAACUGUGGCCAAAGUCGUUUGUGAUCGCCUUUUCAGGGAAUUUGAAGGUAUUAGCUUUCUUGAAAAUGUUGGAGAUGCAAACGAAGGUACUAUUUUACUUCUUCAGAAGAGACUUCUCCAUGAUGUUCUGCAGGUACAAGGUCUAGAUAUUUAUGAUUUUAACAGCAAUGUCAAUGAUAUAAAACAUGUACUCCAUCGGAAAAGGAUCCUUCUAGUUCUUGAUGGCAUCACUAAGAAGGACCAAAUCGAGUAUUUUGGCGCUGGGGAUCGAGAAUGGUUGCAAUAUGGGAGUAGAAUCUUGAUAACUACAAGAGAAGAACAGCUGUUGGAAGAUCUCAAAGUAGAUGAUAAGUACAUGCUUCCUGGACUGGGUUCUAAAGAGUCACUCCAACUCAUGAGUCGCCACACCUUCAGCAAAGACCAACCUAAAGAAGGGUAUGAAGAGUUGUCCAAGAGUCUUGUCCACUAUGCAGGCGGUCUGCCUAUGGUUCUUGAGAGAUUUGGUUCCUUUCUUUCUAGUAAGAAAAACCAAUGGCAUGAGAUAUUGGAGAAGCUGGUAAAGGAUCCUCAUCUUGAUUCAAUUGGAAUAAGUUUAGAUCCAUUCUCCUCUCUUCGUCCCUCUGUAGGACCAUUUGGAGGCCAUGGAGGAGAUUCUUUUGAUGAUCAAACAUUCAGUGACAUAAGAAAAAUAACAAUCGUUGUUGGCUCAGUGAUCGAGUCCAUUACUAUUGAGUAUGAUCAGAAUGGGUGUUUGGUGUCCUCGCCAAGACAUGGUGGAUCUUGGGGAGGCCAAGCAUGGGCGGUACCUUUGGAUUAUCCAAAUGAAUACUUGAUUUCAGUGUUCGGCUACAUUACAGAAGAUUCUUAUCAGGUCAUCAACUCUCUUAUCUUCCACAGCAAUAAGAGGUCAUAUGGGCCAUUUGGCAAUAAGGAAGGGAAGUUUUUCAAAUUUCCACCAGUUGAUGGAAAGAUCAUUGGUUUUCAUGGAAGUUGUGGAUUUUAUCUGGAUUCCAUUGGAGCUUAUUUUGGACCUGUCUCUCAUCCAUAUCCCUUCGAAGUCAUAGGGCCAUUUGGAAAUGGGGAAAACCGCUGGGAUGAUGGCAAGAAUACAGAUGUGAGGCAAAUUGUUGUAGUCUCUGGUUCUGCAAUUGAAUCUAUUAAUAUCACCUAUGAGGAAGGUCGUUCUUUUGGACACGGUGCAAGUGACGGCGGCGAAAUAAAUACGAUAAAUCUGGACUGGUUGACUGAAUAUCUAACUUCGGUUUCGGGAUAUAUUGCGAAUGAUUUGGGUUCUACCAUCAUCCAUUCACUCACAUUUCAAAGUAAUAAAAGAACAUACGGACCAUUCGGCACUGAAACAGGAAGGAAGUUUUCAUUUCCAGCAACUGGUGGAAAGAUCAUUGGAUUUUAUGGGAGUUCUGGUUCCCAUCUUCAAUCUCUUGGAGCAUAUUUCGAACCAAUCUCUCAUCUCUAUCCGAUCAAAUAUCUUGGACCAUUUGGAGGCCAAGGUGGAGACCCUUGGGACGACGGAAAAUUUAAUGGUGUGAAGAAAAUAAAGAUCAUGUUGGAAAAUGUUGUCAACUGCAUCUCUUUUGAGUAUGACGCAUGUGGCGAAUCUAUUUGGUCCUCUACACAUGGUCACAGUGGCAACGGAGAUAUCCGCGUGGUUAACUUGGACUACCCUCGUGAGUUCUUGACCUCAGUAUCAGGUUAUAUCAGACCUGAUUAUCCUGCUAUUCAAUCACUCACGUUCGAAAGCAAUAUAAGAAGGCACGGACCCUUCGGUAAGGAAGAGGGAAGGUCCUUUAGCUGCUCAUCGACAUGCAACAAAAUAAUAGGCUUUCAUGGAAGGUCCAGUGUCCGGCUUGAUGCAUUAGGAGUCUACUCUGAACCAAUUUCUGAUCUUCGUUUCUUGAAAUCCAUUGGGCCAUUUGGAGGUCACGGUGGCAGUCCUUGGGAGGAUGGAGAUAGCACGGGGGUGAGAGAAAUCAUCGUGAAAGGUGGAUCAGCUAUUGACUCCAUUACUGUUGAGUACGACAAGAAUGGUUCUGUGGUUCAGGGCCCUAGACAUGGCGGAGAUGGAGGACAUAAAACACUCAAGAUUAAACUCGAUUAUCCUCGAGAGUACUUGAUCUCAUUUUCCGGUUACUUUGGAGAUAUUUCGGGGUAUACUCUUGUUCGCUCCCUCACAUUUCGGAGCAAUGAAAAAACUUUUGGGCCGAUCGGUGUAGAAGACGGGAAGUACUUUUCUUUGCCAUCAACCGGUAGGAAGAUCGUCAGGUUUCAUGGGAGGUCUGGACUCUAUCUUGAUUCACUUGGAGCACAUUUUGAGCUUGAGCCUUGACAUGCUAAGCUCCACCUUUAUAUGUGUCAUGCAAUCAGUGUUUGAGUUUGCAUGUAAAUUUGUAGCAUCACUGAGAUUCU